GCUGCGGGUUCCCGGCUUGGCCGCACUUGCUCGCUAGUCGAGCGCUCCGGGCUUUUGUGUCCGAGUUCUGCGCCGUCCCGAGGCGCCGCUCCCGGCCAGGGAACCUGCCGCCGCGACCCCGAGGCGGAGGGCGCAACCCCGGGACCAGCUAGGCGAGCGCGGCGGCGGCGGCGGCGGCGGCGGCGGCGAGGGGCCGAGCCCGAGAUGCCGGAGUUCCUGGAGGACCCUUCGGUCCUGACCAAAGACAAGUUGAAGAGCGAGUUGGUCGCCAACAAUGUGACGCUCCCGGCCGGCGAGCAGCGCAAGGACGUGUACGUGCAGCUCUACCUGCAGCACCUCACGGCGCGCAACCGGCCGCCGCUCGCCGCGGGCGCCAACAGCAAAGGGCCGCCCGACUUCUCCAGCGACGAGGAGCGCGAGCCCACCCCGGUGCUGGGCUCCGGGGCCUCCGCGGGUCGCGGACGCGCCUCCGUCGGCAGGAAAGCAACAAGGAAAACUGAUAAACCCAGACUAGAAGAUAAGGAUGAUGUAGAUGUGACAGAGCUCUCUAAUGAGGACCUUCUGGAUCAGCUUGUGAAAUACGGGGUGAAUCCUGGUCCCAUUGUGGGAACAACCAGGAAGCUGUAUGAGAAAAAGCUGUUGAAACUGAGGGAACAGGGAACAGAAUCAAGAUCUUCUACUCCUCUCCCAACAGUUUCUUCUUCAGAAAAUACAAGACAGAAUGGAAGUAACGACUCUGACAGAUACAGUGACAAUGACGAAGGAAAGAAGAAAGAACACAAGAAAGUGAAGUCCACUAGGGAUUUUGUUCCUUUUUCUGAACUUGCAUCUACUCCCUCUGGUGGAUUUUUUCAGGGUAUUUCUUUUCCUGAAAUCUCCACCCGUCCUCCUUUGGGCAGGACUGAAGCGCAGGCAGCUAAGAAAGUGCAUGCUUCUAAGGGAGCCCCACCUAGGGAGCCUCUUACUGACACAGCCUUGCCUGGGAAGGGACAGGGGCAGAAGUUAGCCCCUGGACGGAAUUUAUGCAUUCCUCCCGAGUCUAGCUAUGAUAGAUGUGUAGAGAAAAGUUCUUCGCCAUCUUCUCAGCAUGAACUCACUGCCAGGUUGGCCUCUGCUGCAGCUUCUCCUUCACUGAUAAGAGAAACCACCACUACUUACUGUAAAGACACAGUAGAAAAUAUUUACCGUGGCAGGAGAAGUAGAACUCAGCCAUCGUGUACUGAGGGGCCAGAUGUCUCAGAUCAGUCAGUUCUCUCUAGUGAAAGAGAAGUACUGCAAGAGUCAGAGAGAUCACAAGUCAUUUCUCCACCACUCGCUCAGGCCAUCAGAGAUUAUGUCAAUUCUCUGUUAGUCCAAGGUGGAGUUGGCAGUUUGCCUGGGACUUCUAAAUCUUUGCCCACACUGGAUAUAGAAAACAUAUGUAAGAGACUCAGCCAGUCAGACCAUCAAGAAUUUGAAUCCCUGUCCCCUUCCCGGAAAGUUCAUAGACUCAGUAAGAAGCCAGUAAAGGAAGGGGAUUCAGGCUCAUGUACGGCAUUUCAGAGUAUACCUGGAUCCGAACAUAUGUCUUCUUUUGGCAAAAGCGUUGUCUCUCAUUGUCUUACUACUUUAGGAAUAGAAGUGCCUAAGCAACCACAACAUGAUCAAAUAGAUGCCUCCGAACCAUCUUUCCCUCUCCAUGAAUCUAUUUUAAAAGUAAUCGAAGAGGAGUGGCAGCAAAUUGAUAGGCAGCUGCCUCCACUGGCGUGCAAAUAUCCAGUUUCUUCCAGCGAGGCAACACAGAUAUUAUCCGUUCCAAAAGUAGAUGAGGAAAUCCUGGAAUUGAUUCCUGGAGCCACCCCACAAGCAGCCAUUCGGGCAUCCUCCACUGAGUCUUGUGAUAAACAUUUGGACUUAGCUCUCUGUAGAUCUUAUGAGGCUGCAGCAUCAGCAUUGCAGAUUGCAGCCCACAUGGCCUUCGUAGCUAAGUCUCUGCAAGCCAACAUAAGUCAGGCCGCACAGAUUAUUAAUUCAGAUCCUAGUCAUGCACACCAAGCACUUGAGAUUCUGAACAGAACCUAUGAUGCGGCUUCGUAUCUCUGUGAUGCUGCAUUUGAUGAAGCAAGGAUGUCUGCCCGUACCAUGGGGUCUUCUACUAUGGGUCGGCGCUGUCUGUGGCUGAAGGACUGUAAGAUUAACGCAGCUUCUAAGACUAAACUGACUGCUGCCCCAUUUAAAGGUGGAACAUUGUUUGGAGGGGAAGUACCCCAAGUUAUUAAAAAACGUAGAAGUAAAUAGCAAUAAUAUUAAGAACAAAGAUAGAACCUUAUCUUUGAUUUGGAGAAUUUAUAAACCUUUCUAGGAAUUUUAGCAACUUUUAUGCCAGGAUUUUCUUUUGAGUUCUUGCUAGUUCCCUAAUAGAGCUAAUUUCAAGGUGAUAAGCUUCUACUCACCAAAUUACAGUAUAAUUGCACCUAUAGAAGCCCAGUACAGUUUAAGUUUCAUAGAUCACACUCAUAAGUUUACAGUGUCCUGUUUUAUAUAACACUUUUACAACUCUUAACAUAUAAAAAGAAUUCCAGCAACUAAAAUAGCAGUAGAACCUCACUUUAGUAGUGCCAUUCACAUAUUUCUUACCCUAGGUCAGAGGCACUAGAAACACUGAAUUUUUAGUGUUUCUAAAAGGAAUUUAUUUUGGAAAGUCUAGUAUAUAAGGAUGCCAAGUCUCCCAGCAAUGAAAUAGGCACACCGCCAUUGGGAUUUCCAUCUGUUCAGCUUUAUUCAGCUACUUAUUUUCAUUGACAUAAGUCUCUUUUACCAAGAGGCCUUUUGUUGUUCACUCAUUGCAAGAAAUCUACAGGUGACCUUUUUGUAGCUUAAUUUUUUUGUCACUCUUGGCUAAGUAUCUACACAGUCUUAAAACUUUGUCCACAUUCUUAUUUAUGACUUUUGUCUGCAACAAACUUCAUAGAUUAUUGUAACUCUUGAAAUGCCGGUACACACACUUUCUGAUUCACAGAUGUGUGUACAAGAACCAGAGGGAAAGGGGCUGCCUCAGUGGUAAGAAGUAAGUUUAAUAAAAGAAUUUAAGUCCAGAGAUACUUUGUAAGCAAAUUAUAACAUAUAAUACAACAUGUAUAUACAUAUAUACACACAUAUGUAUAUAUGGACUUUUUUAGUAAAAAAAAAAAAAAAAGCAAUGUACAGUUAAUUGUACAUUCUGAUAGGGAUGGUGGCCUGCAAUUCCUGGGUCAUACCACUGGAUGGAACACAUUUGAGGAACAAAGCUAUGUGUGGAGAUGUUCUGAUACAGUCCAUUCAACAUGACUAUUUUGUUAGAUGAAUAGGACAUUAGAAGUAUAGGGCUUUUUACCUUUUACAUGUAUUUAAAGGUGUGUUGUGCAUCCUAUGUGGUUAAGUCUCAAAUCCAAAUGCUAAAAGCAAACUUGAAUUAUUUUCUAAAAGCCUUAACUUUUAUUAUACCCCAGUGUCUGUGAAGCAAUGUAUGACCCUGUUUUUAUUUGUAUGGUUGUAAGGUAAGGUAGCUUGAUUGUAGAGACAUUAUGGUAAUAGUCUUAAACAUAACCAAAUACAGUCCCUUGAGUGUACGUGUCUACCACUAUCAUGUUUUUAGACUGCACAGUUCAUCGCUGCAGCUUUGUUGUCUUCUAAAAUGUACAUGUAUACAUGUACCUGUUAAGUGCUCUGUGAUUUCUUUAAAGCAAUGUAUUUCUGUAGAAUGCUUCUACAAAUUCAAUAAAGUUGUUAAAUUUGAA